AUGAAGACUCGUGGUGGAAAAGGCAAGAGAGGAAGGGGAUCGAAGAUUCCCCCCCCCCCCCAAAAUCGACCCACUUCUUCCCAGCCUGUACGAGUUGAAUCGAAGACCUUGAAUCGAAGACCUAGGGGUCUUCCCAGCCAGUACGAGUUCACGCCGGCGAAUCGUCAAGCCCCACUUCAAGAUUCUGAACAAGAGCCGAUUGCACAACCUCCAACGGGUCCAACCAUCAGGGACUAUCCUCCUCCGACGCAACUUUUCCAGUCAGGCGAAGGAUCUCCUCGCGGAUCUGGCUCGACUCCAUUUCGAGCAUCUGGAUCGACUCAACCUAGAUCUGGAGGAUCUGUUCAUCGUCUAGCCUCCAAUCAGUCUCCAGCGCCGGUUCAACGGGAAGCCUACAAUCAGUCUCCAGCGCCGGUUCAACCGGAAGCCUCCAAUCAGUCUCCAGCGCCGGUUCAACCGGAAGCCUCCAAUCCUCCACCUCGGCAGGCGUCAAAUCCUCCACCUCGAGCCUCUGUAUCACAUCACAGCUCUCAAGCUCAAAACUCACAUGCGGAAGAAGAUGAAGAUGAGGAAGCUGAGGCUGAUUAUGAAAGGGAAUCAACUCUCCCUGAAGAUUCGCUUGCUACUCUCCAUGAGUUGCUUCUCCGGCCAGGACGUGAGAAGUAUACAACGGUCAUCUCUCCCACAUUUGAGCCUGAAACCUAUUGGUAA